UGAACAAACCAAUCGUAAAUCGUUGCUGUCAAAAUUUGACAGCAACACAGCACAGGUGACAUUUCAUUUAAAUUAUGGCUCAUAUCCAAUAUGUAGAUGAAUUAGUGAAAGAAUAUUUAUUAUAUCGUGGAUUUACGUCGACCUUAAAAACAUUUGAUAGUGAAUUAAAAUCGGAUAAAGAGAAAGGAUUUCGUGUGGAUAAAAUAAUCGAACAAUUUGUAUCGUUUAUAACUAGUUAUGAUUUAAGUUCCUUACGAGAUUUAUGGGCACAUCUCGAAUCUCAUUUAUUUUGUCGCCUAGAACAUCAUCUAGCCAGUAAUGUUAAAAAAUUUGAAAACUCGUUAUUAAAAAUGUACUUAGUAAAUGCGUCAAUUAAUAAUAAAUCGGAUAAAAUUAAUGACUUUUUUAAACAAAUGACCUCAGAAUUACAAAACCAAUCGGAAUGGAAAGAAUGGUUUAUGUUACCUUUUAUAAAAUCACCUGAAGAAAACACUUCAUUUUCUGUAUACUUUACAAAACAAUGGCAGGAUACGUUAUUUGUAUCGUUACAUAAUUUUUUAGCAUGUGUUUUUCAGUGUAUGCCCCAACCAACAUUAACAAAUUUUGAUGAAGAUGUAACACGAUUACGAAGACUACAAGAGGAAAAUGAAUCUCUGAAAGCACGUUUACUACAAUUAACCGAACAACCGCGCACCUUAGGGACUACAAAUAAUGAUAAUAUAGCAGCUUCAUCAGCUGUUGGACGCGAUUCAAUGGAUGUUGUAUCUCCAUCUCAUAUUUAUGACGAUUUUUAUAUAAUUGCACAGGAAAAUAAUACAGCAGAUAAUCAAGUCAAAAGUUUAAAAAGUCUAAUAAGAAAUAUUGGAUCUAGUUCCAGCCCAACAAUGAGUCGAAAGGAGAUGAGUAGUGGAAAUUCAAAACGAAAAAUUGGAUCGUCAGUAAUGGGUAGUAAAAGUGGGAAAUAAUAGUAGUAAUCGUACGAUUGUUAUGUGUCAACCCAAAGAUUCAAAGGUAUGUGCAUAUAAUCUGGGCAAAAAUUCGUUAACCGAUAAAUUUUUUGUCUAAAUGUGAGAAAAAUUGCUCUAGAGAUCAGCUACACCGACAUUGAAUAAACUUCAUUUUGUGAGAUGGAAUCUUGAAAAGAUGCGUUUUUUAAAAAUUUUUCGUUUUAUCAACUAAAAAUGCCUUUAUUUAUAUAAAUGUAAUUUUUUGAAAGGAAUAGCAUUCAUUUUUUUCAAUUUUAUUUUUCUAAUUUUUUUAUGUUAAAAAGAUAAUGAAACUUAAUUUUCUGAAAUUAUAUUACAUGAUUAUGAAUUCUGUGGCAGACUAUCAUCCUCCUCGCCAAAAUAAACAAAAUAAUAUAUAAUA